GUUGUGGGCACCUGGCUGACAACUCUUGAAACCCCUGCCACCAACCACUUCCACCAAGACUCUUUCUGGACUAGAAAACAGGAUGGGCAUUACGAGAGAUUCUCGCCACAAGCGUUCUGCUACUGGUGCCAAGCGCGCCCAGUACCGCAAGAAGAGAAAAUUCGAGUUGGGCCGUCAAGCCGCUAACACUCGUAUUGGACCCAAGCGUAUCCAUGAAGUCCGUGUUCGCGGUGGAAACAAGAAGUACCGUGCUCUUCGUUUGGACUCUGGUAACUUCUCUUGGGGUUCCGAGGGUGUUUCUAAGAAGACUCGUGUCAUUCAAGUCAGCUACCACCCUUCGAACAACGAGUUGGUCCGUACCAACACUUUGACCAAGUCUGCCGUCGUUCAAAUCGAUGCCGCUCCCUUCCGUGUGUGGUACGAAACCCACUACGGUGUGGUUAUGGGCAGCAAGGGUAAGAAGCCUACCGCUACUCCCACUCCCAAGUCUAAGCAUGUUCAACGCAAGCUUAACGAGCGUGCUCCUCAAUCCAAGAUUGAUUCUGCCUUGGAAUCCCAAUUUGCCGCUGGUCGUUUGUACGCUGUCAUUUCCUCUCGCCCUGGUCAAUCUGGCCGCUGCGAUGGUUACAUCUUGGAGGGUGAGGAAUUGGCUUUCUACCUCCGUCGUAUGUCCGCCAAGAAAUAAACAGGUCUUAGUUGGUGAAUGAGACUUGAUCUCUAUUGGUUCAUGUGCUGAGUGUGAUUUGGUGUCGUUUGGGUAUGGGGUCUGUAUGUGAAGAAUUUAGAGCAUCUCUCAGUUUAGUUAGUAAGUGGUCGUAGCGUUCUUGUUAAUAGCUGUCUAGGCUUAGUGUCAGAUAGAUUUUACAUGAAUCUAGGGUGCUGUAUACUCGAU